CAAAGACGCCAUUGAUCAAAAUCGGAUUGCGGGCAAAAUUGCGGGUUGCGGUGCGGUUUUAGUUUAACUCAAUACACUAGCAAUCGAUUCUAAUAUUUGUUCAACAAUUACGAUCUAAUAAUGGGUGUGGAUGUAGAAACUAUCACAGCCGGAGACGGUUCAACCUACCCCAAGAAAGGUCAAACAGUAGUUGUACACUACACUGGUACUCUCACCAAUGGCAAGAAGUUUGACUCCUCCCGCGACCGUGGCAAGCCCUUCAAGUUCAGGAUUGGAAAGGGCGAAGUUAUCAAGGGCUGGGACGAGGGUGUUGCUCAGAUGUCCGUCGGUGAGAGAGCAAAAUUAACUUGCAGCCCCGAUUAUGCGUACGGCCAACAAGGACAUCCCGGAGUCAUCCCACCCAACUCUACCCUAAUCUUUGAUGUAGAACUCAUCCGUCUUGAAUAAGAGUCACAAUUUCAUCAUAUUAGGUUUAGUUCAAUAACAACUAGAUGUCUUAAGUUUGUAACAUUAAGGUUAAGGUAUGUGGUGACCAUUCAAAAGUUAAUAAAUUAACACUUUAACUCCCAAGCCACAUGUGGCCGCGAGAACAAUAGAUUUCCAAGAAUCCGCAAUCGAAGGAAUAAUUUUCUUUUAAGACUCCAACAAUUUUAUACAAUAGGAAUGUUAUGCAAAGGAAUUGAAAUGAGCAUUUUAUAGUAAAAUCAUUCCACAUGCAUUUUUAAGUCAAUUAAACUUAAUUUUUAUAUAUUUUAUUAAACACAAACUAAACCAAGAGCAAUGAAAUUUAUACUUUAUUCUGUAAUGUUUUUACCAAAUGGUAGUCGUUUAUUAAAAGCUUUACUGUAAAAUUUAAUAAACCCUCUGCAACUA